AUAUAAAUACUACUAACCCGUCACACAUACAUCAGCCUGCAAUAUGAAGUGGUACGUUUUGUUUUCUCUAGUUGCACUCGGUCUCCCCGGUGCUGUAUACCUCACAGACUGCGACCUACCAAGCGAUGCGUAUUGCGAAGGAACUUAUCCUCCAGGAGGUCUGGACUGUCUGAACUGCACCGCCGGGCCGAACGAAUGCUAUAGCUGCGGCAUCGCCUGUCAAACUACCUGCGCGACUUUGGGAUGUCCCUGCAACAUCAUCAACAUCCGGUGCAACGAUCUCUGCUACUGCAGAAAUGGCUUUGCCCGCGACGACCUCGGCACUUGCAUUCCCGUAAAGGACUGUCCACCGAGAGGUCCUUGUCCGGAGUAACCCGGAGUACGAAGUGUCCCGAACAGUAAUUAAUAUUGGAUGCAAUAAAAUUACCCGUACCAGUCAAACUGUAUACAGAAGGGCUUGACAAUAAACAUGCUGCAAAAGGUCUACAAUUAACAUAUAUAACAGGACUUGCGUUAAGUCCUUUAUUAGAUGAAGAAUUAUACACUUUUUUUUUCAUCGAGAGAUUGAUCGGCUUGACCAUAAACGUAUGUGCGUCAAAUUACUACGGCAUUGAUGAUGCUUCGACUCGAUUUCUUGAAAACUACUUAGCUAACAGAUAUCAGAGAGUUACCCUUGACAAUGUAAGUUCUGAAUUUCUCCCAGUUUCAUCAGGUGUACCACAAUGUACAGUUUCGUAAUGUUCAAUCAAUGGCUGUAAGGCACUCCUACAGACUCUCACUGCCACGAUAUUGUUUAUAUUUGUUCCGCAGAUCAUUUGCUUAUAACGCUCUCCAUAAUUUUUAAUAGUAUGCCCGGAUUCAGUAAAAUCACAUUCAAUUAAAUUCCUUAAAUAAUAUUUCGGGUUGGAACUGCUAACUUCUCAAAUAAUUUGAUUUUCAAUGUUAUUCGUGUUAUUUUUACUUUUAAUAACUUUCUGUUGUUCCAUAAUAAUGUUACAUUUACCUAUUCUACUAUAUUUAAUUUAUUAAUGUAAUUAUAACUUCCCAUUUGGUUUUCAAUUUAAACAUUUAAGAGGUUAAGUGGAGUAGCUUUUACUAGACUUCACCUCUUCUUUACUAUAUAUUUGUAUAUAACAAUAUACAACAAUAAAGGCAAUUUAUUAUUAUUAUUAUUAUUAUAAAUCAUUUUUAUUUAAAGAAAAAUUGUGUGGUAUGAAUAAAAAUCAAGUAAAGUAGAUAGAAAGAUAUAAGAAAGUGACUAACUGAUACGAAUUAAGGAAAGACCCGGGCAAGCUGUAAGAAUGAAAUAUGACCGAACAGGUCCGUACUUUGCUUAGAAUUUAAUUAUUUGGGGUUUUGUUAGGAAAGAUACUAAACAAUAUU